GGACCUCAGGUCAUUACUGUGGGGUUGAGGAUUCACGCAGCUGGCGCCAUCCAAGACUAAAGCCGGCGAAAAACUACAACUCCCAGCGUCUCCCUCGCCGCUGGAUCUCGGGCGGUCAUGUGAUCACGGCUCACGUGUCCCUGCUGCCGGCUCGGGCGUGAAGCACUGUAGCAGAUUUUAGGUGAAGUUUUGAGAAAGAAUAAAUUGGGGCCAGAGGGAGGUGAGGAAAAUCAGAUCCCAGAUCUUUGGAGAGAAAGAGCUGUAAGAAGCAACACACCCUCCACCAUAGACCAUCAGGUGAAAAUAGCAGGUUGAGAAGAGCUGGGGCUCACAGGCAACCUGGGAUAAUAGUCCCAAACAGGCUGGUGCCGCCCUCCAGCUGAAGGUGUUCUCUCAGCUGCCCCAAGGAUGUGAUUGUGAGGCCAAAUCUGCAAACCCAGUGGGAAGCAGGCUCCCGGGGCCAUGGCCCAGGUCAGCAUCAACAGUGACCUUGGCGAGUGGGGCUCGAGCAUGGACUCUGGGGAGCGGGCCCGUCUGCUGCAGAGUCCCUGUGUGGACACGGCCCCCAAGAGUGAAGGGGAGGCCUCUCCUGAGGGUCUGGGCAGAGGUACCACUUCCACCCUUGGGGCCAUCUUCAUCGUCGUCAACGCCUGCCUAGGUGCAGGGCUGCUCAACUUCCCGGCCGCCUUCAGCACGGCAGGUGGGGUGGCUGCUGGUGUUGCGCUGCAGAUGGGCAUGCUGGUCUUCAUCAUCAGUGGCCUCGUCAUCCUGGCCUACUGCUCCCAGGCCAGCAACGAGAGGACCUUCCAGGAGGUGGUGUGGGCCGUGUGUGGCAAGCUGACGGGAGUGCUUUGUGAGGUGACCAUUGCCAUCUACACCUUUGGCACCUGCAUCGCCUUCCUCAUCAUCAUUGGGGACCAACAAGACAAGAUUAUAGCUGUGAUGGCAAAGGAGCCUGAGGGGGCCAGUGGCAGCCCCUGGUACACAGACCGAAAGUUCACCAUCAGCCUCACGGCCUUUCUCUUCAUCCUGCCCCUUUCCAUCCCCAGAGAGAUCGGCUUCCAGAAAUAUGCCAGCUUCUUGAGCGUCGUGGGCACCUGGUACGUCACUGCCAUCAUUAUCAUCAAAUAUAUCUGGCCAGAUAAAGAGAUGACCCCAGGGGACAUCCUGACCAGGCCAGCUUCCUGGGUGGCCGUGUUCAAUGCUAUGCCCACCAUCUGCUUCGGAUUUCAGUGCCACGUGAGCAGCGUGCCCGUCUUCAACAGCAUGCGGCAGCCCAAGGUGAAGACUUGGGGUGGGGUGGUGACAGCCGCCAUGGUCAUUGCCCUCGCUGUCUACAUGGGCACGGGCAUCUGUGGCUUCCUGACCUUUGGAGCUGCCGUGGACCCCGACGUGCUGCUGUCCUACCCUUCUGAGGACAUGGCUGUGGCCGUUGCCCGCGCCUUCAUCAUCCUGAGCGUGCUCACCUCUUACCCCAUCCUACACUUCUGUGGGCGGGCGGUGGUCGAAGGCCUGUGGCUGCGCUAUCAGGGGAUGCCCGUGGAGGAGGACGUGGGGCGCGAGCGGCGCCGGCGCGUGCUACAGACCCUCGUCUGGUUCCUGCUCACCCUGCUGCUGGCACUCUUCAUCCCUGACAUCGGCAAGGUCAUCUCGGUCAUCGGAGGCCUGGCCGCCUGCUUCAUCUUUGUCUUCCCAGGACUGUGCCUCAUUCAAGCCAAACUGUCUGAGAUGGAAGAAGUCAAGCCGGCCAGCUGGUGGGCGCUGGUCAGUUAUGGUGUCCUCUUGGUCACCCUGGGAGCCUUCAUCUUCGGCCAGACCACAGCCAACGCCAUCUUUGUGGAUCUCUUGGCAUAACCACUGCUUCCAGGCAACACGUGGCCUUUGCCGCUGGACCCAGGAACCCAUCUCUUCAAGCUGUGGGGCCACCCUGAGUCCAACAUCAUUCCCCUUUACUGGUGGGAUGACAUCUGGACAUCCUUU